AUGGUCUUAACAUUACCAUUUGUUAUGAAAAGAUCUCUAGAAAAUAUUACAGGAUUUUUAGAAGCUACGUCAUUAACUACACAGGUAACAUCUAAGUUGAUUGCUGUAACAAUUUACAGAAAAGAAUUAUUAGAACUAGUAGAUAUACGAAAACUAUAUUGGUCAAGAAACAAAUACGGAGAAAGCUUAAUAAAAAGAGAAAUGAAAGUUCUUUCUGUAGUUGCAAAACUAUACAUAGUUUUCACCGUAUGUACUUUACUUACAAAUAUACUAGUAGAAAGUAAACCAUUUUUUGUACACGAACUACCAUCUGCGAGCUGGAUUCCACCCAUCAAACAUGGAUUUCUGAUUGUUUGGUUUUUGCAGUGUGAAAGCCAAACAUUUCUGUGCAACCUUCUCUAUGGAUACGAUUUUAUUUUUAUGCUCACAGCAAUAGAGUUGACAAUACAGUUUAAGAUACUUAAUCAAGCUUUUAAGAAUAUGAAAACGAAACAUGAUAUGUUAGAAUGUAUUUACCACCAUCGAUUGCUUUUAAAAUUGGUAAAUAAAAUGAAGAAACCAUACUCGAUGGUGUUUUUGUUCGAAUUUCUACAAUCUACAAUCGCAAUAUCUAUGCAGCUGAUUCUUGUUACUCAACAAGAAGCAGACGCAUCAUUAAAAAUAAAGGGUUGUACAUUUACAAUAAUUAUGUUGUUACAAUUGGCAAUAUUCUCUUUCCCUUCUUCAUUUCUACAAGAUGAGGCAGAAAACUGUGCUUACGCAAUAUUUGAAUCUAAAUGGUAUGAUAAUCAUGAAACAUUAAAAAAAGAUACACUUUUCUUAAUGCUCGAAGCACAAAGAGAAAUUUCUAUAGAUGCACUAGGAUUUUUCCAGGUUGGCCGAAAAGCAUAUGUCACGGUUUGUCGAUCAGUAUAUUCUAUCUAUGCACUUCUCUUAACUGUAAAUCAUUAA